AUGAUAUCCACACAAACUUCUCAGCAAUCUGAUUUGCCUAAAUUACCAGUACCAACAUUAGCUGAAACAUCACAAAAAUAUUUAAAGACAGUUGCACCAUUAUUGAAUAAUGAUGAAUUUAAUGAAACAAAAAAAAUUGUUGAACAAUUUCAACAUGAAAGUAAACCAUUACAAGAAUUAUUAUUAAAACGAGCGCAAACAGAAGAAAAUUGGUUAUCACAAUGGUGGCUAGAUAAAACUUAUCUUGAGUGGCGUUUAAAUUUACCAAUCAUUUACAAUCCUGGUUUAAUAUUUCCACGACAAUCAUACAGAGAUUUUGAUGGACAAUUACAAUUUGCAGCUAAUUUUACACAUGGUAUUCUACGUUAUCGAGAAUUAAUUGAUAAUGAUAAAUUACCAAUUGAUCGUUUUGGUUCCGAUCCCCUUUGUAUGGAUCAAUAUAAAAAAAUAAUUGGAACAUGUCGUAUUCCUGAAAAAGAUAUUGAUCGACUUCAUUUGUAUAAAAAGUCUGGUCAUCGUCAUAUUGCAGUAUUUUAUCGUAAUAAUGUUUAUCGACUACCAGUAUAUGAUAGCCAAGGCAAUAAAUUAACAGCUGAUGCAAUCUAUAAUCAUUUGAAAAAACUCGAAAAUUUAAAGGAAACAAAUGAUAAUCAACAAUCAAUUGGACAUUUAACAGCUGAUGAACGACAACUUUGGGCACCAAUUUAUAAACAAUUAUCAUCAAUUCCGGAGAAUAAAGAUUUAUUUGAUACGAUCAAUGAUAGUUUAUUUGUAUUAUGUAUUGAUGAUCAAUAUCAAACAUUAAAUAAAAUAGAUAAUCAAACAUUAGCUGGUUACAAUUGUUUACAUGGUGGUGGUACGAAAUAUAAUACAGCUAAUCGAUGGUUUGAUAAAACACUUCAAGUUAUCGUUGGACCUGAUGGUUAUAGUGGUCUUAACUAUGAACAUUCCUUGGCUGAAGGUGGAAUGAUGACUGCUCUUGCUGAUUAUGCUCUUGACCAUCGUAAAUCAGCACCAUCAUUUACUCAAACUAAUCAAGAAUCCUUAUUAAAGAGAUGCAAUAUAAUUAUACCAAAACAAAUGGAACAAUCAAUAAGGGAAAGUGAAAAACGUGUUAAUAAAUUGAUUGAAAAUUGCGAUUUAAUCGUUCAUAAAUAUACUGGAUAUGGCAAACAGUUUGCUAAAGAAAAUAAAUUAAGCAUUGAUGGAAUUAUACAAGUCGGAUUACAAGUUGCUUAUUUUCGAAUGCAUAAAAAAUGUGGUGCUACAUAUGAAAGUGGUUCUUUACGUCGUUAUCAUCUUGGUCGAACAGAAACUAUUCGCUCAUGUACAUUAGAAGCUCUAAAAUUUGCUUUUGCUAUGUCUGAACAACAUCAUGAAACAUCGAAUGCUGCAAAAUAUCAUUUAUUCCUUAAUGCUCUUCAAGCACAACGACAAUAUACAACGGAUGCAAUUAAUGCUAAAGGUAUUGAUCGACAUUUAUUAGGAUUAAAAUUAAUUGCAAUGGAAAACAAUAUACCAAAGCCUGCUUUAUAUGAUCAUGUCAGCUAUAAACGUGCCAUGCACUUUAUUCUUUCAACAAGUCAAGUUGGAGCAAAACAUGAUUGUGUUAUGGCUUAUGGUCCAGCAGUUGAUGAUGGAUAUGGUUGUUGUUAUAAUCCACGUAAUGAUUCAAUAAAUUAUAUGGUAACAACAUUCAAAAUAAACAAUCAAGGAACAAAUGCUAAAGAAUUUUCAAAUCAUUUUGAUCGUAGUCUUACAGAUAUUCGACAAUUAAUAGAAGAGAAUGCUACCAAAUCAAUUAAAUCCAAAUUAUAG